GUCAACUCAUCUCUGGAUGUGCCGAGACUGAAAAAAUACCAAUACUUCUCUACAGGCUAUCUUGCAUAUUAGUGAAAAUGACUUUUGGAUCUAAGACUUCAUCAUCAUGGAUCAGCUUGAUCUUUCUUUGCACAGCGCUGUGCAUGUUGUCUGGUGUAGACUCCUGGUCCUACUUCUUCUCCAACACCACCAUGAGCUGGCAGAAAGCUCGGACAUGGUGCCAGACGCAUUACACAGACAUGGUGGCCAUCCAGAACCAGGAGGAGAUUGAGUAUCUCAAUCAGUGGCUCCCUAAGAAACGCACCUACUACUGGAUCGGAAUCCGCAAGCUCAAUAACGCGUGGACCUGGGUUGGGACCAACAAGGCUCUGACAGAAGAAGCAACUAACUGGGCGCAAGGAGAACCAAAUAAUGGCAAGGACGGGCAGACUGGAGGGUUGAAUGAGGACUGUGUGGAGAUGUAUAUUAAAAGGGAUCAGCAGCCAGGAAAGUGGAACGAUGAGCGAUGUGGGAAGUUUAAGACUGCUCUGUGCUACACAGCUGCCUGCAUGAAUAACUCCUGCCCCCACGGAGACUGUGUAGAAACCAUCAACAGCCACAAAUGUGUUUGCAAUGAAGGCUUUUAUGGAGAAAAGUGUGAACACGUUAUUGAGUGUGACAAAGAUGAGGUGACGGUCCCAUAUAAAGGAAGUGUACACUGCACUCACAAGAAUGCAAACUUCUCCUUCGACACCUCGUGCCAAUAUUCCUGUGAGGAAGGAUAUCAGCUGAGUAUGCCCGGUCCCCUGACAUGCACAGCCUCUGGAAAGUGGUCAGCGCAGCCUCCUACAUGUGAAUUGGUUCAGUGUCCGACACUGUCUCCUCCAUCAAGAGGAUCAAUGCAGUGCUCUGGUCCUCUGGGCCAGUCCAGCUUCAGCUCCACCUGCGUGUUCACCUGUGAUGAAGGCUACACUCUUACCGGAUCCUCAUCCAAUGCUCUGCAAUGUGAAGCAUCAGGUUCCUGGAAUGACUCUCAGCCACUGUGUUCAGCUGUUCAGUGUCCAGAUCUCAAAGAGCUAGAGAAUGGGGUUAUCAGCUGUGGAAACAAUACAGACAUGAGGUUCAGCAAUGGAAACACCUGCAGAUUCAGCUGUGCUCAAGGCUACCACCUAGUGGGACCAAGCAGGGUGACAUGCACAUCUGCAGCUGAGUGGAGUGAGAGGAUGCCUCGCUGUGAAGCUAUCACUUGUAAGAAUCCAGUGGGAGAGGCUCAGCUGAUCACAGAGUGUAACCAACCCACUACUGAUCUGAGACCAGACUCCACCUGCAGCUUCAGCUGUGAAGCAGGCUUUGAACUGCAGGGAUCAAAAACCAUCCAGUGUUCAGAAGAUGGAGAGUGGAGUACAGCCAUACCCACCUGCAAAGCAAUAAGCUGUUCUGCUCCUGAAGUUCCAACAAACACCCAGAUGAACUGCAGCCCCUCUCUGUCUUCAACUAUUUCCGACCUGACCCUCCACCCUCAUGGUAUGGUCUGCACUUUUAGCUGUGAUGAAGGCCAUGAGAUGCAAGGUGCAUCCAGCAUGAAGUGUGCACAAACAGGCCAGUGGACUUCAACACCACCAACCUGCACAGCGAUGAGAUGCCCAUUGCUUGAAGCUCCUGAAAACGGGCAGGUCAACUGCUCCAACGAUGAGCAAGUGUACAACUCACAGUGCGUUUUCACAUGUGAUGAGGGUUACUCAGUUGAUGGACAUGACCUGCUAAUCUGUGAUCCCAGUGGCAGCUGGACUGGAGAGGCACCCACCUGCCAAGCUCCAACAUCUCAAGUCACAGUCAUUGCCUCUAGUGUGGCCACAGCGGGCACUAUGUUAUCCGGUCUGUCUGCGGCCAUGUGGAUCUUGAAACGACUGAAGCGGAGAGCUAACAAGUUUGAGCUUAACAGCAACUCCGAGAUAGAGCCUCCUCCACAGCACUACAAAAACAGCAUUGACAGCCUCAUCUAGAGCGCAACAAUAAUCCUCAGACAAUAACAGGCACUUAUAUUCAUCUUUAACAUUACUGUGUGCAAAUUAUCCUCCAUAACUGUAUCAGCAAUAUGGGUGUAAACACUUGUUAUAGUACACAGUGAGAGAUACGUUUUCCAUUUCAUGUUUGUAUAAUGUUGAGUGGAAUUUCAGGAUGUGCUCUGUCAUGUUGUUGCACACAUAUUUCCUCCCAAUGGGAGUUUUAUAUUUAACACCUUGUUCUUAAGGUUUAUGAGCAUGCUGGAAAGGAAGCUUUAUCCAUGUUACAAUACGAGAAUAACUGGGUGAUAACCUUCUCAAUGCAGGACUGUGACUAAUUUCACUAAAUUGAUAUCAGUAUUUAUGUGCUGUUUAUUUAUUAGGCUGCAUUUCAAAUAUCCAAUCACAUGUCUGUAUGUUUAAAUUGGUGUUGUUUUAUGUACGUAAUAAAACUUAAAACUUUCA